AUGGAGUUGGACCUCCUUAAGAUGGAUAGGCGGAGAAUGUAUGAUAGGCAACAAAGCUCAACGGGAACGCCAACAUCACCGUCUUCACCGGUGAUGAUGUCGCCAUUGAAUCGACAUGCUCGUGCAGGUUCCACAGGUUCUGCCAUGAACAACAUCGGGAGAACACAAAACAAUGCCACAAAAGCCGCUGCUCAACGACUUGCACAAGUUAUGUCGCAUCAAACAAUUGAUGAAGAAGAAGACGAUGACGAUGUUCCUCUUGACUAUUCUGCAAUUAGUGGCACUAGAAGCAUCGGACUUGGUGGUGGAAGAGCAGCGCGGCCUCGCUCCCCUGUGACAGUUAAGAGUACUCAAGAACAACCUCCACCAAUGAGACCUCGUUCACCUAUGUCAAUUCGCUCUACUCAGGAACAACCUCUAUCUGCAAGAUCACGGUCACCAAUGAAAUUUCGCUCUGCUCAAGAACAACCUCAAUCUGCAAGACCUCGUUCCCCCGCACCAGUGUCAGUUCGCUCAAUUCAAGAACAACCUCAAUCUUUAAGAACUAUAUCUAGUGUUCGAUCGUCUUUCUCUGCAAAUACUGCUGAGCAAACUCCACCACGAAUCUCCACGCAUGCCAAUCAGGGGGAGCAACAACCACCCUCUGCUCGUUCAACAACGACAAAUCGAACCUUUGAUUUGUCUCCCUCUGCACGCAGUUUAGCUAUGUCUCGAUCGGCUCAAUCCAAUAAUGUGAACAAUGAUCAACCUCCAUCUGCUAGAGCAAACUCAGGGCGUCCUAGUGGACUUUCUAAAGUAGUUCCCUUGGUUCCGGCUAGUGUACCUAUCACACUUAGGCCAGCCACUUCUGGUAACAUUCCUCAAACAGAGUCCAUUUCAGAUGGCAGAAAAGACAGAAGAUUGUCACUUGAUCUUGGGAGUAUGAAAGUAAGAGAAAAUUUGAAUCCGCAACAACGUUCUACCACUGAACUUGAGGAUGAGCUUGAUAUGCUACAAGAAGAAAACGAUAAUUUACAUGAAAAGCUUCGACAUGCAGAUGAGAGAUGCGAGGAAGCUGAAAUGAGAGUUAGGCAACUAGAGCAACAGAUUGCUAAUCUUGGCGAAGGGGUAACUUUGGAUGCUCGCUUAUCAAACAGGAAAGAGCUGCAACAAAGAGAGGCUGCUAUGGGAAUUCAUUCAAAGAAUCAUGGAGGUUUUCAAGGUGGUACAUCACUUCAGACGAAUGCUGAGGAGGCAAUAUCUACAUUGGAGAAGUUGCAACUUAUAACUCAACGAAUGAUACUCACAUCAGAAGAAAUGGAAGAGGUUGUUUUGAAGAGGUGUUGGCUAGCUCGAUAUUGGAAUUUAUGUGUUCGACAUGGUAUUCAUGUUGAGAUUGCCGAAGCAAAAUCUAAAUAUUGGUCUACUUUUGCACCUAACAAUCCAGUUGAUGUCGUAUUGGCUGCAGGAGAGAAGGCGAAAGUUGAAACAAGUAAUGUUUAUAUAGAUAUAGAAUAUCAACGCGAUUUGAAUGAACUUUCUGGUGAGGGAAAUAUUGAGAACAUGCUUUUUGUUGAGCAAGGCUUGCGGGAAUUGACUUCUUUAAAGGUAGAGGAAGCAUUGGCAAUUGCAUUGGCUCAACAUAGGCGACCAAAUUUAUUAAAAGCUGGGUUUUCAGAUGACUUGAAGCUUCCGGUUGAAGGGCAAUGUGAUGCGUUUCAAUUGAGCCAGGAGGAGGCUCAAGAUGUAAUUUUUAAGCAGGCAUGGCUUACUUAUAUAUGGAGAAGAGCAAAAAGACAUGAAAUAGAACCAGAGAUAGCCGAUGAGCGAUUGCAGUAUUGGAUCGAUCAUAACUCUAAGACACCUACCUCACAAGAUGCAGUUGACGUUGAACGUGGACUUGCAGAGAUUAGGAAGUUGGGUAUUGAAACACAACUAUGGGAUGAAUCUCGCAAAGAAUUGGAACAAGAAACUAACAAUUCCAAAGCGCUGAGUCGUUCUGACUUUUGAUGAUGAUAGACAACUAAAAUAGGUUUUUUCUUUCAAUUUUUUAUCCUUUCACAUACAAUUCUAAGGUGAAGUUGUCUAUCACAAAGUCUUGGAUGAAUAGGUUACAUCUUUUAAGUGUAUUAUAUUUUGUAGAAACAAUGUUCUCAAUUUUUAUGAUGUUGUAAAAAAAAAUACAAUGUUAAUAAUAGAUUACAAUCAUAUUAUAUUUUUCUUUAAGAA